AUGAGCUGUUUUCAGACGAUGACGAGGCAACGGCGAUGCAGCCAGAGGACAAGGAGGACGAGAAGGAGCAGGAGCGGAGCCCCGCUAAAGAGUGCUGCUGCUGCAGCAGCGGCGGCAGCAGCAGGGAGGGGGCUGAAGCGGAAGGACCUGGAGAAGGGCGCAACCGGGGGAGGUGCAUCUGGGGCAGCGGCAGCAGGGACAAAGAAGGGGAAGGUGGAACUGGGGAAACGAACCCCUCCGCUGCCUGCGAAGCGGGAACCAGGGGCAGGGGGGGCUGCAGCAGGGAAGCCAGGGGGAGGUGCAUCUGGGGCAGCAGCGGCAGGGCCGAAGCCGACAGCGGUAACCGAGGAGGCGGUGAAGGGGAUUUUGAGGCAGGCUCCUAUCAAGAGUGCCGAUCUGGUGAACCGCUUCCGAGCAUGCCUCAAGACUGCAGAGGAUAAGAAGCGGUUCCAGGAGAUUAUUAAGAGGGUGGGCAAGAUCCAAGCAGUGAACGGAGAGAAGUUCAUCAACACGUACUGCUGCCCUUCCACCAGCAUGAGUGACAGCGAGGAUAAGGAGAGAUUCCAGGAGAUCAUAAAGAGGGUGGGCAAAAUUCAAUUAGUGAACGGAGAGAAGUUCCUCGUGCUCCGUUGA